ACUGGUAGUUUGAGACUUCACAACAAUUUUUUACCAUUUCCCUGUUCAAAUACGGUUUCAUGAAGUAUUUUUGGCGGAGGGAGUGGGAAUCACAUUUGCAGAAACUCUGAAACGCCGUUGUAGACACUAGACACUCGAGCACUGGCUCCAGGUCUACCUUUUUCCAUUUGUCGAGAAGAAAAUAUUUCUCCUCAACUCAUAUCUCUCGCCACUCCAUGGAAGACGACGAAUCAAUGCCUUCCAAGAUGGCGAUGCGUCGUUCGAAACGGGCUAGGGUUCAGAUUAGGGCUAACGAAAUGAGCUUGAACGAAGAAGAAAGAGAGGAGUCUACUGAUGAAUUUGAAGAAUCUCGACCUCGUGCUAAGCGAAACAAAGCUAAUGCAAGAACUUUAGCAGCAGCUCCCGUUAUGGAUCAGACAUUAAUUGAGGUUCUAAAAGGUGACAGGAGACAAAUCCCUCAAGUUGUUAAGAGUUGGGUUGAACAUUAUGAUAAGGAACCUAAAUCUGCAAAAGUUGAACUUCUAAUGAUGAUACUGGAGGCAUGUGGAGCCAAGUAUCAUGUCAAUGAAGAGUCUUUGGAUCAGAUUAAUGUUGAUGAUGUGGUUGUUUCCCUUGUUAACAUGGCUAAGAGAGGUGAAGUGGAAGAUUACCAAACUUUGAAAAAAAAGGAGUUCAAGAAUUUCAAAGAUAACCUCUUUCUUUUCUGGGAUAAUUUGGUUACUGAGUGUCAGAAUGGACCACUGUUUGAUGGUGACUUAUUUGAGAGGUGCACUGACUACAUAAUUGCAUUAUCAUGCACUCCCCCUAGAGUUUAUCGACAAAUUGCCUCCUUGAUGGGGUUACAACUAGUCACAUCCUUUAUAAAUAUUGCCAAAAUGCUUGGUGUUCAGCGAGAAACUACUCAGAGACAGCUCAAUGCAGAAAAGAAGAAGGCAGCUGAUGGGCCUCGCGUUGCAUCACUUGAGAAGAGGUUAACUAUGACUCAUGAAAAGAUUACAGUGAUAGAGGAGAUGAUGCGAAAAAUAUUUAAGGGGCUAUUUGUGCACCGGUACCGUGAUGUUGAACCUGAUAUCAGAAUGUUAUGCAUACAGUCAUUGGGUGAUUGGAUACGAGAAUACCCUUCACUGUUUUUGCAGGAUUUAUAUUUGAAAUACCUUGGAUGGACACUGAAUGAUAAAAAUGAAGGUGUGAGGAAGACAUCCGUCCUUUCCUUGCAGGAGUUAUAUAAACUGGAUGAUAAUGUUCCAUCACUUGGCCUUUUUACAGAGAGAUUUUACAAAAGGAUGAUUGAGCUUGCAGAUGACAUUGAUAUUUCAGUCGCUGUGUGUGGCAUAGGACUUGUAACCCAACUACUACGACUCCAGCUUAUUCCUGAUGAGGAUUUAGGCUCAUUAUAUGACUUACUUAUUGAUGACCCACCUGAAAUCAGGCGUGCAAUUGGGACUCUAGUUUAUGACCAUUUGAUCGACCAGUCUAGCAGAACAGGAAAUGCUAAAGAAUCUUCAAAAAUUCUACUUGGUAGAUUGCUACACAUAUUGAAAGAGUUUUCGUCAGAUGAAAUGUUAAUUGCCUAUGUUAUUGAUGCUAUCUGGGAUUACAUGGAUGCUAUGAAAGAUUGGAAGUGCAUCAUUUCAAUGCUUCUUGAGGAAGACACAUCAGUCGAGCUAAGUGAUGCAGAUGCUACAAACCUGAUUCGGCUGCUUUCUGCAUCUAUUAAAAAGGCAGUUGGAGAGAAAAUUGUUCCUGCUACUGAUAACAGAAAACAGUAUUAUAAUAAAGCACAAAGAGAAACAAUCGAAUCAAACAAGCAGACCAUUACACAUGUCAUGAUGAAGAAUUACCCACAGCUACUACAGAAAUUUAUGGUUGACAAAACAAAAGUGCCUUAUUUACUUGAAGUAGUUGUUCAUAUGAAUCUAGAGCUUUAUUCUGUUAAGAGUCAAAAUCAGAAUUUCAUCUCUGUUCUUACACUCAUGAAAGAUGCAUUCUUUAAGUAUGGUGAAAAGGAUGUCUUGAGAUCUUUUGUGAGAGCCAUCAACUACUGUGCUGCUGAGAGUCGAGGAGAGCUACAAGAUUUUGCUCGGAACCUGUUGAAGAAGAUUGAAGAUGAGCUUCUUGUGAAACUUAAAUCUGCUGUCAAAGAAGUUGCUAAUGGAGAUGAUGAGUAUUUACUACUAGUAAAUUUAAAGCGGCUGUACGAACUUCAAUUGUCACAGGAACUUUCUAUUGAAAGCUUGUAUGAAGAAUUUGUUCAUAUUCUUCAGAAUUCCAAGAACAUUGAUAAUGAGAUUAUUUGCUUUUUGCUUCUGAACAUGCAUCUACAUCUUUGUUGGUGCCUGCACUCUAUCCUAAAUAGUAAAACAGUAAUGGAGACUAUGAUAUCUUCCCUAAAGUCCAAGUGCAGUGAUUUGUUUGGACAACUUGAAUACUUCUUAGAAACAUGUUUUGAAAAGUCCGGUGAAGCUAAAUCUGGGAAUCUUCUCGCAUGUAGGGUUUGCAUCAUAAUUGCUGAACAGUGGUGUCUGUUCAGUAAGGCCAACUUUGCUUCAACAAAGCUGGAAACUCUGGGAUACUCGCCAGAUAGUUCUAUUCUCCAGAAGUUCUGGCAUGUUUGUGAAAAGCAACUGCAUAUAUCAGGUGGCUCACGUUCUUUUAUUGCCAGUGUUUGCUAUACACUGUAGCAUAGUUAUAGGUUCNGGGGGUGUUGACAGUAUAGAAUUGUUGGAAACAGUUGAGGUGAAACAAACUCUCAGAUGGAUGUCAUGUUUGACACUUCGAGUCUACUAUUUGAGGGUCUCAAGUUAUUGUUUGCAUAGUUCCUCCUGAGACCAUGUGGUGGUGUGAUAACAACAACAACAAACUCAGAGGAAUCCCAGAAGAACUAGGGUCUGGAGAGGGGUGUGUACGCAGAGUUGCAGACCUUACCCUUACUCGAAAGUAGAGAAGUUGUUUCCAAGAGACCCCAAACUCGACAGCAAAGAAGGAACGAAAAACCAACAAAAAGAAGUUAAAGAAAACUAAGGACAAAGA